AUGCAGGUUGAACGGCUUAGUUGGAGUGAACUGGUACCUCACAUAGGAAUAGAAGAGGUUAACGACGAGCUCGAUAAGCGAACUACCAGAAUAUUUGACGAUUUACGUCAAGUGGCCUCCGUUUGCAACGAAGAUGGAACUUUAAUUGUAAGACUAAAAGCACGGAAAAAUGAAUUUAUUUUGGCACGCGAUCAAUAUCUCAGGACAGUUCUACAUCUUGCAGCCGGCAUUGGACACACAAGACUUUUAAAGUGUUUGGUACACGCAGGAGCACCUAUAAAUGUUCGUGACGGAAUUGGCCAGACUGCUCUAACUAUAUCGCUUCACAAAAAUAAUGAUGCAGCGAGUGUCUUUCUUAUCGGAAGUGGCGCUUGUGUUCAGGAAUACUACUACGAAAAUACUGUUUCUCCACUGGCAAUUGCAAAGUUGCACAAAAAUGAUGACAUCGUCGAAUUUCUGGAGAAACGUAUCGGAGACGAAAAAAGAGUGUUAGAUCACGUUUCUAAAUUUUUUCCUAAGAAAAUUUCUGGUUCACCCGUGGAUAUGAAUGUUGAUCAUGUCAACCAUAAAGAGAAUUUUUCACGUGCACUGAACAUAAACAUUGGUGACCAAAAAAACACGGUGACUGUUAUUGGUUGUGCUAACGCUUGCCCUGAUAUUUAUGGUUGCCACACCCCAGGUACGGGAGAUUUUCAUAAUCGCGGAUACCUUAAUGAGACAGUGGCCAGAAUAGGAGGGCAAGGAGGUUUUUGGCAUGUUGUCGAAAACGUUAUGAAGAGACCAACAGUUAACCCGACGUCCUUCAAGCAAAAAUUCAAGGACAACAAUUAUAACAAUAACGAGGAGGCACUAUACGACUACGAGGACGGAUUGAGUAUCGCUAUGAUUAAAGAAUUUGAAAAAUCCUCCUUUUUUCCAAGUAAGUCCGAUCUGGCUUCUUGUCUUCUUAAAACUGGUAACCACAAUAACGUUUUAUUGUCAAAGUUUAAAGAGUGGCAGGAAAGCUCAAAAGGAGACGCGAUAUUUAACUACCAAGUAAAUCUUGUAAAUGAUCUUAUUCCACUAAGCUGA